AUGAUUUGCUUCAACAGCAUGGGAGGUCGAGCUUUGCUCGUAGGCGGCAUCGCGGCAUGGCUUACGACCAUGUCCACCGGCAAAGACUGGCUGGUCAAGGACUAUCUAUUCGUGGUGGCCAUGGUGGUCGUCGUACUCAUCGGAGGGCUGCGGAAGGCCAAGUACGAGCGCAUGAUGCAACACGAGAGACUCCAAAAAGCUCACGACCUCGAAAGGGUCGACUUCAUUCACGGCAAACCGGUCCAACUCAAGCUGAACAAGGUCACGUGUAUCCUGUUUUUCGGAACGUGGUGCAAGAAGUCUCGAGAAGCUCUGCAAAGCUCGCGAUGUACGAGGUCAAAGGUCGCGAUGCCAGCAACUUCCGUGAGCUCAAGCAAUUCGCGUUUCCGAUUGGCAUCGAAACCGGGUUUAUGA